AUGGGAGAUGAUGAGGCUUUCGAUUCUUUCUAUGGAAAGCUCAAUGAAAUUGUAAUUGCUAAGCUCAAUCUCGAAGAGAAGAUUGAAGAUUCUAAUGGGAAGCCUUUCAGCAAGGGAAAGUUUUCAUCAUCCAAGGGUGAUAGGAAGGAGUUUAAAAAGAAAGAUGGGAAGGAGUUUCAAUCCCCUCAAGGAAUUGUGUGUUACGAAUGCAAUGGUCAUGGGCAUCUCAAGAAGGAGUGUCCUAACUACCUGAGAGGGAAGAAAUUCGAAGAUGAAGAUAUAUGCCAAAAUGAAGGGGAGAACAACCUUCAAGAAGCCUAUGAUUCUCUGCUAGAAGAUUGUGGCAAAUACGCCAAAGUUGCUAACCUUGAUGUGAAAAAGAUGAAAAAGGUUGAAGAAGAACAUAAGGGUAUACUUGUGCAACUUAAGGAAUCAAAGUGUGAAGAAGAAAGACUCAAAGGAGAGUUGGUUGCACCUUAUUCUAAGAUCAAGUUUCUUGAACUUGAAAUCAUUCAAGCAAAUGUCAAGGUUGAGCGCAUUUCCACCAAGAAACUUGACAAUGUGCUAUCUUCUCAGAAAUCCUCACAUGAUAAGACCGGUUUGGGUUAUACCAGAGAAGGAAGUUCUAGCAGCGAACCCAAGAAGGAAAUACGAUUCGUAUCAGCCAAGAAUGAUGAGAAACUUAAAGAAGUGAAGCUUGAGACUAAGACCUCUGCUGUAGUUAAGAGGACCGUUGGUGCAAAACCAAAGGAAAAAGGGAAGUCAUUACCCAAAAAUCAAAGAGGGCCUCAAGUAAAGCAUUUGUGUCAUCAUUGUGGCGCACAAGGACACACAAGGCUGAAUUUUUUCAAGCUUCAUGCACUCGAAAAGGCUGAAACUUCAAGGAGAAGACCAAGGGGAGCACAAACUAAGGGAAAUAGUGAAGGACAUCUAUUAGGACACAUGUGA